UUCUAGAAGACAGUACUACUAAGCUAGUGCUGGACUGCGACCAGCUUUCUUACCUUAUCCCGUCCAAAUGAAUUAGAUGGAGGGCAGGUGAAACUGACCCCAGAACAGACGCUACUUUUUUGUUGUUGCUGUUUUCCGCUUGUGUGUACGGAAAUGAAUGCGACGGCAUAGCGUCUAAACGUGAGCACUCUUCUGUGUUAUUGAAAGGGUUGAGCAUGAUGUACGAGGGCAGUUCAUUUAUGAAAGGCAUGAUCCUAGGGGGCAUAUUUUGCCUGGUGGUGUCUUUCUUUGAGACCUUUAAUUCAGGAACCCACUCAGAAGGUCAUGAGCAUCUCCACCAUCAUCUGAAACCUGUCAGCAAAGAUGAACUAGAGAAGUUAUCAGAGUCUCAGAUGUCUGACUGGACCCUGCAGGUUCGAGUGUACUGUCUCAUCAUGGUCACUCCCAAGCUGCUGGUCCACUGGGCGACAGCCAACGACACUUGGAGCAAGCACUGUGACAAAUCUGUGUUCUACACCUCAGAAUCGUCCAAAGUUCUAGAGGCGGUUGACCUACAGGAGCAGGACGAGUGGGCUAGGCUGCGCAAAGCCAUCAGACACGCCUACGAGAACGCUGGAGACCUGCGCUGGUUCUUCGUGGCCCGGCCCACCACAUUCGCAAUUAUAGAGAACCUCAAGUAUUUGGUGUUGGAUAAAGAUCCAAGCCAGCCGUUUUACAUUGGCCACACGGAAAAGUCCGGAGAGCUGGAUUAUGUGGAGUAUGAUAGCGGGAUUGUGCUGAGCUAUGAAACAAUGAGGAGGCUGAUCGAGAUAUUCAAAGACGUGGACAGAUGUCCAGAGCGGGGAAACGCCUUGUGGAAGACACCUGAAGAAACGCAGCUCGCCACCUGUCUGAAGUACAGCGGGGUGUUCGCUGAAAACGGAGAGGAUGCGCAAGGCAAAGGGCUUUUUAACAAGAAGAGCGUCAGCUCCUUGAUUUCUGACAGCAUGGGCCAAAACCCAGCCGACGUCGUGGAGGCCUGUUGUUCUGACAUGGCCAUCACGUUCGGAGGCAUGUCCUCAGCCAGAUACAGGGUUUUGAUGUAUGGCGUCUACAGACUCCGGCCGUAUGGACACGAUUUUCAUGAUUCCUUGACAUUUCUGCCUCCUAAAGACUCUGAUAAUGACUGAUUGACUUCAUGGUGUCUGUGCUGGAACUGUUACUGUAUUGAAAUGUUGAUCAUAACUGGGUGCAGGGCUGAAUUAGCUGUGAUGUGCAGUUUGUACUGUAAUUCUGAUCAUGUGUUCUGAAAGUUGGUGCGGGUGUGUAAGUUGAAGGUGUUUUCACUGCUUUCUACUACAAAUGCAUUCUCACAAAAGGAUAAUUUUUUGCAUAUGAGUAUAAGUUAAUAAUGAGGGGCCAAUAUUGGGUAAUUUUGUACACUUACAGUAUUUUGAACACAAAUUACACUAGAUAUAUGAAUGGCGCAUAUUUGGAUCAGAUAGGCAAUGUUAUGCAUACCCUAUAAACUAUAUAAUGCUAAAUGUAUACUUUAUAUGAUCUGUUUGAUGAUAACUGUCUACAUCACCCUUAAAAAUAUCAAACUAAUGUGGCUUGAAAGGUUAAUAAGCUUGAGAUCGGAAAAUUUCUUUUGCAUAGAAAAUUAUCUAUUUAUUUACAUAUCAAAAUAUUGUUUCUUUCUAUAAUUCAGAUGUACUUCAUCAUACACUGGUUUGUAAUUGUUCUUUACUGUGUUUACUAGGAUGUUUGUUUUCACCUGCUUUAAGUAAUAGUAAAGGUUACAAAUAAAAGAGUGCUAUCAACAGA